AUGAGGAAGUUCAAUUCAAGUUUGAUGGUAGUUACUUUACUAUUAUCAAUUUCUUCUUUAGCCUUCAGUCAAUGUCAUGUAACCUUUCGAGAUUUACAACCAUGCCUUCCACAAAGAGCUAAUGAUGUUACAACACACUAUGUUGUUACACCACAAUGCUGCAUUACCAUUCUUAAUAUGGUUAAUUGUUCUAAUAGCAUCAAGUCUGCACAAUGGCUACCUAACUUUAGAAAACAAUGUCAAAACCUUGGUACUACUCCCCCAACCACUCCUCGUAUUCCAUCACCAUCGGUGUCAGUGCCACCAUCACCAUCGGUAUCUAUGCCUCCUCCAUCAUUGGAUACUCCAGCACCAAUGCCAUCACCACCACCAUCAUCGUCAGUGUCUAAACCUCAUCCAGCACCAUCGGUGACAGUGUCACCACCACCAUCACCGUCAGUGUCUAUACCUCAUCCAGCACCAUCGAUGCCAGUGUCACCACCACCAUCACCGUCAGUGUCUAUACCUCAUCCAACACCAUCGAUGCCAGUGUCACCACCACCAUCACCGUCAGUGUCUAUACCUCAUCCAGCACCAUCAAUGCCAGUGUCACCACCACCGUCAGUGUCUAUACCUCCUCCAGCACCAUCGGUGACAGUGUCACCACCACCACCACCAUCACCGUCAAUGUCUAUACCUCAUCCAACACCAUCGAUGCCAGUGUCACCACCACCAUCACCAUCAGUGUCUAUACCUCCUCCAACACCAUCAGUGCCAGUGUCUCCAACAUCAUCACCAUCAGUAUCUAUGCCUCCCCCAUCGUCAGAUACUACAUCACCACCACCAUCGGUGUCUGUACCUCCCCCAUUAUUCCAUGCUGCAUCACCAUCGCCUCCAACAGAACCAACAGUACUUAUGCCUCCAACACCAUCAGUAGCUAUGCCUUCCCCUACAGCACCAUCACCUCCAACAAAACCAAUAGUGUCUCCAGUACCAUCAUCACCAUCAGUAUCGCCUCAUCCAACAACACCAUCAUCACCACCACCGGUGCUUGGGUCAUCACCAAAGUUAUCAUCCCCACCAACAGUGCCUCCCUCACCACCAUCAUCAAAAACUCCAAACCCAUCUCCCAAACAUCACCAUCACCAUCACCAUCAUCACCACCAAGUACCGUCACCACCUUCUUCGAAAAGAGAUGAUAAGAAGAUUACUUGUAUUUCAGCAAUAAUUCAAGCAAAAACAAUUUGUAGGCCAGAAGCUAUUUCAGGUUUUUUCCACAACAAAAUUGAAAUUGGUCAAGAUUGUUGUGAGGCCAUCAACAAACUCGACAAGCUUUGUUUCAACCAUCCUAGCCAUCGUUUUGGUUACGGCUAUCCAUAUUUCGUCAGACAAUAUUGUGCACGACACUAUUAG